AUAGGAAAGGCUGUCCAUUCGUCGCAGUCGUUGCAGGACUUGAUGAGUGCCACCUGUUUUCACGCCGAUUCAGACUCUAAGGCGGGAAUAAUGCGAUCGGUGGGCGUUCGGGCCAACAAACUGGUCCAAAGUCGGCACAACUCGAUCACCUCCUCAUCUCAGUUGCCGUUCUUAAACAACAAUAACAUAAAUCUAGACAAUUGUAGUGAUGUGUCGUCAGUGGACACGAGAACUAGCAGUCAAUUGCAAACACAGAACUCAUUGAAAGGCGUCCGCAAUAAAGGCCUUAAAGGGAACUCCACUCAACACUCGACGGCCACCUCAUCGCCGAUUAGUGGCACCGGCAGUGCCUGUGGCAAGACGGGGGCCGCCAGCGGGUCGUGUAGUGUUCGCAGUGAUGAUGAGUCGGGUGUUUGUGAGCCAACAACCAAUUCUAGUCACACUUUUCACGAGUGUUUCGCCACUCAAUCCGUUGUUAACCAUAAUAUGGAAACUUCAUGUGAUAAAUACUGUACUCCCCUCUGCAAUAGAGCCCCUGUACUCCCCUGUGCGCCGGCAGUCGAUCCACAACAGCCCCAAUACAUCGAAAUGCGAGAUUUGAGACAAAAAGCCCAUAUCGUUGAGUACACGUCCAGUGACUCAAAGAACUCUAGUGUCGACUCGUUUAUGAAUUUGAAUCUAAAAGCCGUCAACUCUAAGGACGGCAUCAAAACAGGUGUCGCCGAACGGGUCGUCAAUAAUAGCUGUGAUUACGAGCCAAAGGACGGCAUGGCGUCCGAAGACAACAAAUUGAAUCCAUAUGCAGGCUUAGAUGCGGUCAAACCAUACGAACCGUCAAACCAUUCGCUUAUCAAUAAUCAAGACUCAGGUCAAAUUUUUUGGCUUUUAGAUCUGUCUCAAGCCAAUCAUAAUAAUAAUAACCAGAACUACUCGUCCCUCACCGGCAAAGACCAGACCAACAGGUAUGUCGCACUCCCUGCGCCCUCAGUCCGCCCCCACAUCACUCCUAAUGACACCCAUUCUCUCUCCCAAAUCUGCAACGAUUUGCUCAGAAAUGCGAAUAACUUUAAGAAGAAGAAAGCUAAAGACGUGCCGACGAAGUUGGCUCAAGAUAUCGAGGGUUACAUCGGUUUCAUCGAAGACGUAAACUAUUUGGAGGCAUUGAUUAACUCGUCGGGGAUUCCGCCGACAAAUCCCGAGUCCUUAAAAGCUGGCGCCGAAGCGAACGCCAACUCUAACGCCAAAAAGAAAGAGAAAAGCAUUCAAAUGAUGACAAACAGCGUCUCGAAGAGAAAGAACGGCUCGAAUGGGACACCGAAUCAAAGUGCGGCCCAACACAAGAGUAGUGUUUCGCCAAACAUUCCCCUCUCGACCUCCUCGUCCUCCUUCAGCAGCGAUGAGGCCAACAGUGUUAGCAAACACUCUGACUUUGCUCAACGAACUGAUUCCUUAACGCGUGAAACCACUAGUCCUCUAAACUCUAGUACCGAAUCGAAAGACAAGACACCUCUGAAUGGCGACGACUUAGAAGACGACAACUUGGAAGAGGAGAAGCUCUCGAUGUCGGCACUGAACUCGUCGUUCUCACUGAUCGGCUCCAACGUGAGCGCAGACCUACUUUACACGGCGUCUGACUCUGAGGCGGCCGACCGCGAGAAGGGAUUCAUCACUCCUAAGAGCAAACACUUUAAACGACGCAAAGGUGUGAUGAGACGACUCGAUAAUCAGAUGAACAAUAAGUCUCGUUCGAUGCAGUCGUCCACUUCAACGACUCCCCCGUCGUCUACCAUAUCGGGCGCCGGUAUGAGAGGUUACGAGAGUGAAAGAGAGUACAUGUGUUCCGAUGACUACCGGCGCCGUCAGAAUAGUUCGGUGUGCAGUCGCCGUAAGUCAUUGUCAUCAGUGCCUCAUUCCGAACACAACUCAGCCUACAAUUCGGACGGAGAGCUCUCCUCUCAUUCGAUGCCCGUCCGCAACGACUCACUCAACACAGAGAAGAGCACUUCCGACUCCCGAACCACUCCUUCGUCGAUAUCGUCGACACCUAAGGCCUCGUACGCCGACAUCGCGAAGACUCCCAAUUUUGGCAUCUCAUCGAUGGGUGGCUUAUCAGCCCAUAAGAGGUCUUCUAUGGACGCAAACUAUAUGACGAACGCAAUGAUUAAUCCGCUUUCAGUGCAAUACCAAGACUUUCCCCAAUUAGACGUCUCUCUGCCACCAGUGGUUGACGUGUCGACCCCCACCUCCUCCCCCAACAGUAACUCCAAAAUCAUCGAAGCGUUAGUCUCGCCGCCGCAGAAAUCUCUAUCCGAGCGGCGAACCAGUGAUUCAUGUAGUGCUCCCACUUCGAUGACCAAUACUCCCGUUCCCCACACCGAUGCCCCCAUUGAGUGCCUUUUUAGUGAGACUCUGAGGAACAGUAAUACCGAUGUGACAACUAUUCAACCGACAGACGAUGCAGUAGUUCCUGCUGUCAUUAUGUGCGACUAUUCCGAGUCCGUUCCCACCAGUGAUAUCGGAUCCGUUACUUUCGGCUUCUUUGAUGACGACUUGAGUGCCAAUUCUGGAUCACAAGACUCUAAUCAAACCCAAACUCAAAUACUUAAUGAAACACAAAAAACACCAGAAUUUAAGGCCAAGAGUCCGAUCAAAACUAGUCCCGAAGCGAUAAGUCAUGCGAAUAGCCGUAAAAUAGUUGAGGUGAGCGGUGAGGUUGAGCUCACAUACAUCGAUGUCGAUAAAAAGAGCUUCAAUUACGAGCAUAUAAUCGGCUUCAUUAAAAAGGCGUGGGAUAACGCGAAACGCGAUUAUCAAUACCAGAGCUACGAGUCGAGCCCUGCAGUCAAAUAAACAAAGUUUGUGCCACUUUUUGACUCACAAAUUGAAUGGAUUUUCGUUUUGUUGUUUCUUUUUGUAAAUCAAAUCUCUAACUGAGAGGACGUUUUGAUAAAUACUGAAAAUAUUGCAUUCAUUUCAUUGCCGAUUAAAUCAAGAUUUCUUUUUAUUGAACACAAAAAUCUCAUCCACUCUUCGACUAUAAGAUACGAUAUGACAGGAUAUCCGACACGAAGACAACACUUACACUUAAAUAACACUUUUUUCUCUGCAUUUUGAAGAUUAUGUUGUGAAUCAAAGAAUUGGUUUUUUAAAAGAUGAGAAGAAAUUUAUUUGAAAACUACACUUAAGUGUCCUUUAAUUUACUUGAAAUCGAGUGCAUCGACGACUCAUCUCUCACUUUCACACCGAAAACAAUUGUUUUGUUUUGUUUUUAUUAUUAUUUCAAUUCGUAUUACUAUUUGUUAUUUUUUGGUCUCACUUCUAGUGAUGACAUACUAAUCGAUACUUCUUUUAAAUAUAGAUUUAUAAGCUAUUUAUCAAAAUAAUUGAUUUGCGAUUUUGUUUUUGUUCAAAAUCACACGAUUUGUGGUGAAAACGUGUAGAAAAAACUUAAUUAUUAUUAAUAAGUAAAAGUGUUCUCAAGAUUAAUGUGAAAUUCAUAAUAUAAUUGACUUUUUGUAUGAUUACUGUGUAAACGAUUUUCAAUAAUAAUAAUAAUGUAAUAAUAAACGGAGCGCCGGCUGUUAGACACCGGUUGCCGUAUCCGCCGCCGAAGACUCAUUUUAUGGACGCAGUUAUUGAUUGAAUAUAAAAAAGACAAUAUUUUUGUUAAUUUUGACGUUUAUAUUGAAUUGUUUUAACUUAUGAUAUAUUAUGAAGACUUAUGAGAUGAAGAACUAAUCGAUUAAUUAUUAGAAAAAUAUUUGAAAUUUUUAUUCAUUUAUGAGAUGUAAGGACACGACAAAAAUAAUGAAUAACUAAAGCCAACAGUGGAUUGUUUUUAAUGAAUUUUGUUUUCCUGAAUUUGCGUAUUUUUUGUGAGAGGAUUUUAUAUCCAUUUAUAAUAUUUUGUUGUUUUACUAUGAUUUCAAAACAAAUAUUUCUAAAAAGUAUUGUUUUUAUAUAAAUAUAUUAAAUAAUAGUAGAGAUGCAGUACAGUAAUGAAUAACUCUUUUUUGGUUUUAAAUUUAUGAAACCUUUUAUUUUCAUGAAUUUGAAUCCAUUAUCUGUUUAUUUGAAGAGAUUUAUGAAAAAAAAGUUUAAUUAUAUUUCAUUUUUUGAACACAAUUGAGGUCUGAAAACAUUGAUUAAGUGAUGAGAUGUUUGUGAAACUCAUAAAACUGUUAGAAAUGAUGGACAAACCGAUAGGACUGCCAACGAUUCUCAAGAUGUAACCAAUGAUUAAAACACCGAUUGAUAUGAAAAGAAACACAACUUUUAGCGAUUGAAACAGUAAUCCAUUUGUCACUGAUUAUAGCCAGUAAUUAAUGAUUGUUAACAUAUUUAAAGAUUUUUUAAUUGAGUACUUGUUAUACUAUAAUACUGUAAAUUGUUUGACUGUUUUGUUCGCGGAUUAUACGAUAUUUUGUUUGGCUAUUGAGUGUCAAAUGGAUUAUAUGUAUGAACAGCUGUAUUCCCCCAGAAUUGAGAUGUUUUUAAUCGUAUUGUAAUAAGAAUUUUAAAAAUAAAGACAUAUGUGACAAGAAUUGUACGACAAAUAUAACAUCUUAUGGACAAUAAAAGCG